UGCGCCUGGCUCCGUGCGCGGAUUCCGGAGCCAGCCGCGCUCCCCGCAUUCCUGCUGCCCCUGUCACCCCCACCGGCUCCGGCACCCCCAGCUCGCCCGCAGCCGGCCGAGCGCUCCGGAACACGGAGCAGGUUGUCGAGUUGCCAUUUGGGGCUCGGGGUCGGAGCCCAGAGCAGCCAUCACAAUAGCGUCCAACAGCUGGAACGCCAGCGGCAGCCCCGGGGAGGGGCAGGAAGAUGGACAGGAGGGAAUGGACAAGAGUCUGGACAAUGAUGCCGAGGGGGUGUGGAGUCCAGACAUCGAGCAGAGCUUCCAGGAGGCACUGGCGAUCUACCCCCCCUGCGGCCGGCGGAAAAUCAUCCUCUCGGACGAAGGCAAGAUGUACGGUCGCAAUGAAUUGAUAGCGAGAUACAUCAAGCUCCGGACGGGGAAAACACGGACGAGAAAACAGGUGUCCAGCCACAUACAGGUUCUAGCUCGGAAGAAGGUGCGGGAGUACCAGGUUGGCAUUAAGGUCUCUAGCCACUUGCAGGUUCUAGCCAGACGGAAAUCUCGCGAGAUUCAGUCCAAGCUGAAGGCCAUGAACUUGGACCAGGUCUCGAAGGACAAGGCCCUGCAGAGUAUGGCCUCCAUGUCAUCUGCACAGAUCGUAUCCGCCAGCGUCCUGCAGAACAAACUCAGCCCCCCUCCUCCUCUUCCUCAGGCUGUCUUCUCUGCUCCCACCAGGUUUUGGAGCGGACAGCCUGGACCCUCUCAGGACAUUAAACCAUUUGCACAACCAGCCUACCCCAUCCAGCCACCAAUGCCUCCAUCACUAGCCAGUUACGAGCCCCUGGCUCCUCUCCCACCGGCUGCCUCGGCCGUGCCCGUCUGGCAGGACCGCACCAUCGCCUCCGCCAAGCUGCGGCUCCUGGAAUACUCGGCGUUCAUGGAGGUGCCGCGGGAUGCUGAAACGUAUAGCAAACACCUCUUCGUGCACAUCGGGCAGACGAACCCCUCAUACAGCGACCCCCUGCUGGAGGCCGUGGACAUCCGCCAGAUCUAUGACAAGUUCCCCGAGAAGAAGGGGGGCCUGAAGGAGCUCUACGAGAGAGGACCCCAGAACUCCUUCUUCCUUGUCAAGUUCUGGGCGGAUCUGAACAGCACUAUCCAGGACGGUCCUGGGACCUUCUAUGGCGUGAGCAGCCAGUACAGCAGCGCAGAGAACAUGACCGUCACCGUCUCCACCAAGGUGUGCUCCUUCGGGAAGCAAGUCGUCGAGAAGGUAGAGACAGAGUACGCACGGCUGGAGAAUGGCCGGUUCGUCUAUCGAAUCCAUCGGUCCCCCAUGUGCGAAUAUAUGAUCAACUUCAUCCACAAACUCAAGCAUCUCCCGGAGAAGUACAUGAUGAACAGCGUCCUGGAGAAUUUCACCAUCCUGCAGGUUGUUACGAAUAGGGAUACCCAGGAAACCUUGCUCUGUAUAGCCUUUGUUUUUGAGGUAUCCACCAGCGAGCACGGCGCCCAGCACCACGUAUACAAGUUGGUCAAAGACUAGAGGCCCUGUGGGAUGGGCAGGGCGUGGGGGGGAGAGGUCUUUGCAGAGAAGCUGCCCGUGCAGGAUGCCUCGGCGGAAGUCUUUUGAAAACAAGAAAAAGAAAAGCCAAAAAGACUGACUCACAAUCAAAGAUGUUUUCUACUUAGGAACAAUUUUUUUAAAAAAAAAAGAAGAAAAAGAAACCAUAGAGCAAAAGGAAGGGCUCCUCCAGAGCUGGAAGGGGAAAGACUUGGCCUUCGUUGUUGCUGAAGCCUACCGCCUGUGUGCCUUUCCCAGCAUGCCUUCCUAGAGCGGCAUGUUGCCACAUAGACCGACAACCCCUUCUUAAUACCCAGAUGCACCUCCUUCCUCCUUGUUCAGAUAUAAAUGAUCGUGCGCCCCGGCCCAGCUCUGCCUGGCUUCGUUCUGAUGAGCGGGUGGUGCCAAAAUGGCCUUUUGGAGUGGGAUGAGAAAGUGGAUGCUGCCUGGUUUAUCCAACAAGACAUGGUCUGGUCUGGAAUCGGGCAAGGGAAAGGGAGAAUUUUUCUGCCCCACUCUCUGCAGUGGGCUAUGUGCAAAGCCAGCAUGGGCCCCAGAGACGCAGGUCAGGUCUUUGUGUGGAACGUCCCCGUCAGUUAGUUGCAAGAGGGAAUGGUGACUGUAAAAAACGUUAUCACAGCAAUGGCACUGAGCACUGUAUUUGUUUCAGGAGUGCAGCAAUCCUGCAACACUGUCCCUGGAGCUGUGGUUAUGGAGGUACCAAAGCAAUAUGCCUGGCAUUAUGGUUCGUGCGGGAGGGCGCUGGUCCCAUGCAGUGUCCCAGAUGUUGGGAGUGUGGGUGCAUCACUUUGGAGUGUGUGUUGAGAGAAGAGGGUCCUAAGUGCAUGGCUGUUUGUGGGAGGUCAGAGCAGGUGGUGGGAGGACAGGAGGGUAGCAGAGGGACAGGAGAGGGCUCAGCUGGAGAAAAGAGAUCUCAGAGGCUAUGGAGACAGCAGUAUAAUGGCUGUACCCAGGCAGAGUCCGAGAGGGCUAUGUGCUAGCAAGGCUGCGUGGGGAAGUCCCUGGACUGAGAGAGGAUGGGAUCACCCAGGAAAUUCUCAAACAUCCCGAGUGACUGGAAGCUUUAAGCAACUCUUGCCAAUGUUUUGGCAUCUGACUUCGUGGCAGAGACGCAGGAAAAGCUUAGACCAAAGCCAGAAGAUCAGUUUAGCAGGGUAUUAACUUUCCCUACCAACCUCAUUGCUUUCCUGAUCGUUCCCAUCUGCAGGCAAUGGAGUGGGAUCUACCCAUCCACCACAGUGGCACCUUAUAACCCACCUCCCAUUAUCCCUAUUAGCCAAAUCCACCAAUGGUGUAAACCACACAAUUCCCUGGACUUCAGGGGUGUCGCAUUGGCUGAAAUCUGGCCACGUGGCUGUGACAAAGUGGAAGGUGGUGAUAUGGCUGCGGUACAGCUUAAAGGGACACUGUUGGGAGUGAAAGUCCAAAAUUUAGGAUUUGUAAUUUAAAGGGGCAGUCGGGAGAGUUGUCCAAACUUGAAUGGAAACGUUUUUUUCAUAAUUUUUUAAAAUGAGGUUAUAAAAUAUGUAUUUUUUUAAAAAGAGAGCGUAUUUUUAAUUGGGGUUGAACUCUCCUGCCCCUGCAGCGUUUGCAGCCCAGCCUUGUGAAAGUGACUGGAACCAAAGUGAAACUGACAGAUAUAGUGUCAGUUCAGAUGCAGGAACAGGCCAACUAGCAAAACAAAAAUAUGCAAAAUGGAUCUGAGUGUGGAAAAAUCUGGUUUUAACGACCUCCGGGGCUAUUAGUUGGCAGUGCUGGAAAAGAUGUUUAUCUGGGGUUUUGUAACAAAAAUCCGGGCCCCAGCACUGUGUGUCUAUACAACACCUAGCACAGUGGGGCCCUGCCAAGGCCGCUUAGUGCUACUGUGAAACAAAGCAGAAUAAAGGGUGAUGAAUGUCCUCCUCUCCCACUGAAGUCGGUAGGAGUUUGGGCUCUCUGCACCAUCCGGGCUUAGGCCCAGGGGUUUUUACUCAGUAGUGUUCCUCUAAUUAUUCAUUUGUGGCUUAAUAGUAAGUAAUAGGGAAAUUGCAACAGCAUUGUGUUUUCCUACCCUAAUUUACAUAUGUAAUUUCCCAUCUCUUCCUCUUCGGCAUUUUCGGUCUGACUUUUUUUCGGUUUAAGCUUUUCCCUUGCCCCAUCUGCCCUUCCCACAGCCUCACGCACUUCCCAGCACGCCUCUCACACUAAACUGCCUCUCCUAUGCCCUUUCCAAUCCCCGCUGAGGGACGUGGCUUUUCCACUGAGGAGCUCGGAGCCUGUCACUGGAAAUGGGGAUUUCCUUUGAGAACUUUGUUACUAACGGGGGGGAGCUCUCGGGGAGGAGCCGAUACUGCAGGAGGGAGUUAGGAGUGGGAACCUGCUUCUUUUGCCACUAAGGCGAGUGAGUCUGCCGGAGGCUGGAGCAAGAGAGAUUGCUAGCAUGAAGAGGGGGAAUGGAUGGGCCUGCUAGUGGCUGGAGUCCAGGGGUCCUCGAUGCCCAGCUAGAUUAGCUUGUAGGCCUGAUCCCAGCGAGGCUGCUACAAGGGGAGGUCCCAGUGCUGGAAAAAUGUCCGUCUCCUAGGAGACUGCAGAUCUCUGGAAAGGGACCCAAAGAGAGUGGGGGUCUUUGAGAUGGUGCCUGAAGGAAGAGACUGGCCAUAUCAGGCGGACGGUGAUUGUGCAGAUCUCAAGGGUUUGGUGCAUGUAGGUGGCAUAGAUGUAGUGGAAGGAGAGCAGGGGGGACACUGUCCUUAGGAUCCUCUCCCUUCCUCCCCAUCACUUUGCAGACUUCUCUUCCUUUCUCUGUCUUCAGGAGGGGGCCUGCUCCGGAUGAAGGGGUAUAAGGGGGGGAUCUCACAGACAUGUGAGCCCUACUGCAUUGUGCUGCUUCCUAAACUGGUGGGUUAAUGGCUUGUCGUUCCAUUGCUGCCUUCCUCCCUCCGUCCUGGGAGGAAAGUGAGAGCAGUGCUGGGUUGAGGAUGCAGAAGGGAGGGGAAGGGGAUGUUAUGGAGACUGACAUUUCAUUGCUUCAUACCCUGUCUUUCCCAGCUGACUUAGCCUCGCUUUCAAGGGGCUGAAUCUUCAGUUUUGACCCGUUUCUUCUUCCUUUUUAUCCCCCUCUGCUCGAGCUAGGGAUUGAUUAGUAUGUUGUUCUGAUGGCUAGAUGCCCAGACAUUGCUUGGUGGCACAGUUAUUGCAUAGCUAGGUAGGCAGGCAGCCAAGCUAUGGGCCUUUGAAUCCAAUAUGGCGGCCCUGGGUUUCUGUGACCAGGGGAAACUGUCAGGAGCAUUGAGGGAAUUGUGAAGAGGGAGCAGGCUUCCAACCCUUGAAGGAAACCAUCUGUUGGUCAAAGUUUUUCUAGUACAACGUAUUGAACUAUUCUAAUAACAUUGCAAUUGGUGCCACCCAUGGGUGUCCUGGAAACCCCUCCCUGGGGAGUCUUGACGGACACUCCCGUGCCCACGUGAGCCUGAGGAGCCGCUGGGACCCUUGACGGGGCGGCCUGUCGGAACCAGAGCAGUAAUACGGCAAAGCCCAGGGCACUAGCUCAGGAAACAUACCUUACUGCAGAGAAUACACGGCGGUGCUGGGGAGCAAACAGCAGGCGCUGAAGUUCCAAGGACUGACGGUACAUGGAAUUGAGAGCGAAGGCGCGUGGAGACUCCCAGGACUGCCAUCCCUCCACCCCUGAGUAUUCUGAGCCUUGGUCCCCAGUCCCCUUGGGUGGGUAGAGCAAAUGUCCCAGGCUCCUUGUUCCCCUUGGCGUGGGUGGUGGUGGUGAUAGUGCUGGGAGAGUAGCUGUCCCCCAGAGUGGCACAAGCUUCUUUCCUCGGAAGACUCGGUCAUCGGUGGCUGAUUCUCGAAGGCCGAGCGCACUGAUGUCUGGAUGCUUCAGCCCACCUCUAGCUGUGGGGUAGGGAACAGCUGGAGUAGCUCUAGUGGGAAGAGGAGGUGGGGAGCUGCCGUCUGUGCAGUCUGGGAGGGGGAGAAUCCUGAAUCCCCGUAGUCCCAGGCAACUCUCCCUUUCUGUGCCCGUGUUCCAGUGGUGGGGAGACCUGGCUGGGUUAAUUAUAUGUAGCACGUUUGUUUGUUUCACUCGCAGAUCUAAAACUCUGGGAAUUGAGGUUCAACCCCCCCCUUUUCCAAGCAUUCCCAUCAGCAUGCGGACACACAACAAUGCCCCCCUGCUCUUCCCCUUCCUAAACCUGCCUUCUCGAGAGAGGGCGCUGUAUACACUCCUGAGGCAGGCUCCUGUCCCCUCGCCGAGGGGAGGGUGGGGGGAGUUUGCUCUGCUAGCCGAGUUGGGCUUUAUAAAAACCCAACACAACCCCGCCCUGCCUUUGUUUUUGCCCUGCUCCCGCACUGGGCGAGAGCCCCAUUUGAAAGAAUCUCUUCUUAAACUGGACUGUUUUAUGUUUCUUAGCCCUUCAUCUGCAUCCCUCCCUCCCUUGUAAUCUCAGAGCAUCAUGCAGUAGAUCCGCUGCCUAGUUCCCUGGCUGUUCUCACACACCCUCUGACCUCUGGUUUGCGGACACAAAUACACAUGCACGUGCUGCCCGUUAGCCCGGCUGCCGCUCACCCCUAAGGGACAGCAGCAGAGAUGCCAAGUGCUUGGCUCUCCCGUAAUGGGACUUAAACAGGUACCCAGAGACUCUUAAUCAAUAACCAAGCCCCUUCCUUUCUUCCGCCCCCACUAUAUUUAUGAAUUUCACAUGAAGUACUGUUUUAUUUUUUUAAAGACUUUGUAAAGCUUACCAGGGUUACGGUCACCAUUUGUAGAGCUGUCAGUCCACAAUGUAAAACCAUUUUUUAUGUAUUAUAUUUUUUGUGUAUUUUUUUAAUCCAGCUGUGAUGGGUUGUAUCAUAUAUUUGUUGUGUUUACUGUAUCUGUCCAACUUCAGCGAGAUGAGACAGUGGAGCUCCUACUAUGGGUCUGCUGAAAACCAUUAAAAUUAUUUGU